AUGGAAUGGGCUGUGGGGGAGGGGCCGAUUGCUAAAAUGCAGCAGAGACGACAUACAUACUAUCGUAUUACGGUCUAUGCUGCUCAGGAGCUGCGGGUUUCCGGGUUUGACGACUCGGCUGCGGAACGGAAAGGCAACGGCCUCCCACAGACCCCGCUGCCUGGAAACUUGUUUCAACGUGAUCCGGUUGCCGUGUGCCAGCCUCAGCGGAUCGUGCCGCCGCCGCCACCAUCAAACCCGUCUUGGGCUGGCUCAGAACAAGUUCUGGGUCAGCGGAUGCGCAUGCCUCGCGCUUCAAAUUCGGGAAAGCGACACCAGGGAGCUAGCAACCACCGCGACACCCGACACGAGAAUGGCCUGGUAGGCCCCGGUAAGCGCGUCAUCAAGCAGAAGAGCCAAUCUCAGCUUGAUGGCGGCUCCAAGCCCGCCGUCGACAAUGCCUCUGUCCCACCCGCACCCGCCGUGCCUGCUACCGCGAAUGGUUCCGCGACGCAUUCCGACGACAUGGCGCCCGAGCAUAAGGCGACCGAGUUGCUGCGGAGAGCAUCGCUAGGCUCCCAUUCCGAGUCCUCGUCCUCGUGGACCGAUUCGCUCCCCGCCCCUGCCGCGCAUUCCAUCCCCGAAGAGGCCCACCGACGGAUCGAUGUCAACGAUGCGAAGAAUACCAAUGUACACCGUGACCCCGGCCCGUUGGAUUUUGUUGUCACGGUGCUUCGAUCCUGCCCGCUCCAGGACACCAUUGCAAUUCUCAUUAUCCUCAUGCAGGCGUCGCCGGCCGUGCUGACGGGCAUCUAUAUGCUCUUCACCUGCCUCACUUUCGUCCCCCCGGUUACCACCAGUUCUGGCCUCAGCGUCGCCGAGAUCUUCGACGGCAGUCAGGGCACACCCUCCCUGACGACCCUUAUCUGCAUGGAUGUGAUGAUGUUGCUCAUCUGGCUGUUCCUUUGGGCUCCAAUGCAGCAGUUCAUUUUGGACCUCGCCCAGGUCGUCAUAUCCUUGACGCUCGGAGGCGGAGGGUCUUCAAGACAAGGAACGACGAGCAACAUCGCGCUCUGUGUCGCCAUCGUCGGGGUGUCCCACUGGACGCAGGAUUGGAAGUGGACCGGAUUGUCUCGGCUAACUGCCAUGUUCGGUCCAAACCGCUUCCUGUCCGAGGAUGCGGAGCGCGGUGUGCGGGCGUUCGACAAGAAGGGCCCCUACGGCUGGGUUAGGAGCGUUUUGGCGAUCCAUAUCCUCACUCAGGGGCUCGUCCGGUGCAUCCGGGAAUGGUACUUGCGCAGGGAACGCAGGGACUUGCAAUCCCAGGGCCCGCUCGACCCAGAAUCUGGCAAAUCUGUGUCAUUCCCUGCCGAAGGCUGCUCUGACGUUGCCCUCAUGGCGGCCGACAGCGAUCUUCACUUGCAGACAAGUACAUCCCAUCUUUCAAGCAAGAAGAGACGGAGACAGAGCGCUCAGGUCAGGAUAAGGCAACCUCUAUGGGCGGCGCUUGCGAGCACAAAGAUUGUCAUGAUCAAGGAAUAUGAGCUGCAGCACGCAACAAACGAGUCAGCUGGCUCUAAUGCCACAGACAUCCACAAUCUCGGUAAUGCGCCUUUCAGCACCCAGCCCGAACAAAUCUGGAUCUGCUACGUCGGCUGCGAUGAGGUUUGCUUCAACACCAGCCACUUUCCGGAUGUCGGGGAGAAUGAGCCUCCCCAAGAGGGCACCAAGCUGGGGAUUGACGCUUCCAAACCAUUCUAUGUCAGAGUCAACAACGCUAUAUGGCAACCAACGCGCAUCAUCCCGAUCGAAAACCCCGAGGAGGAAAACUAUCAAGGCACACGGUGGACUGGCGACAUAUAUGGGCUGACUCCUCUAUCCAACUACGAGUGCGAGUUUGUCAGCACACGGACCGGGGAGGUGAUCUUCUCCACAAGCGUCAGGACUCUUCCCGCGAAGAGCAAGGAUCCUGAAAUCGCCCCCAAGGCCGCGAGUAACCCCCGUUCGCACGCACGGCACGACUCACCGGCUACAACGCUGCGAGCAUCCAUUGCGGCGGCCGAAGUUAAGCUGGCCGAGGAGAAAGCACGUCUCAAGGCCGUCCGGAAGGACAACAACCGCAAACUGAACGCUGCCCGGAAAGAGAUCGAGAGACUCUCGACCGCCGUCCAAUCAGCCGGUGGGGAUGACGAAAAGCUGAGGCAGAAGAUUGCACAGAACAAGAUUCAAGAGAAGCGAGCUGAGGAAUCCAUCCGCGAGCUUGAGACGCAGCUGAAGGAGCUUGAGACGGUACCCGAAGAUCUGCUCAAGGAGCAGCGCACGACGCACGGGGCCUGGACUUCGGAGAAAGCCAAGUUUGACCAGGCCCGCGCCGAUUUCAAGAACUUCAAGGCGUCGAUCGACAAGCAAAUCAAGUCUCUCGAGGAGGAAAACGCCAGUCUCCGGGCCAAGAGGAACAAGAUCGCCGCUCGCAUCGCCAAGGUCGACGACGAACACGCCCGGAUCACGGAUGCCAACGCGCGGGGUCUGAACGAGGCUGAACGCCGCCGUCAGGAGCGCGCAGAACUCCAGGCCGAGCUUGCCAGGGCUGAGCAUAAUAUUGUGGAUAGGAUCCAGGCCCUGCGAGCUACUAACGCUGCGAAGCAGGCCCAGAUCCACGACAUGGCGGCUCAGCUGCAGACGUAUCUGGCAAGCUUCCAGGACGACGUGCCGCCUCAGCCCAACCACUUCGCGCCGUCCGGGCACUGGGGGGCUCCAGCUGCUCCGUACGCUGCACAAGCCGUGUGGCAGCCAGUGUCGAUGCCUGCGCAAGUCACUCCGGCUCAGGUCACUCCUCUUCUCGCCCCCUCCCAGCUCUCCGCCUUCUCCACUCCGCUGCAAGCCACCAUGAGCACCCCGCCGCCUCACCGGACUAGAGGUCGCUCGUCCUCGAUGCUUAGUGAUGUCACAGGCUUUACGCAGUCCACCGACGAUGAUGAGCACGAUAGUGGCAGCACUAACCAUGCCAGUACGGUCAUUAAGCCGCCGAACCACCAGCGUGGCGGCACGAUCGGCGGCGCGAAUGGGAACGGUCUGGCGACGCUGCGGAGCCCGUUGGGAUUCCAUCUCAAGAAGGGAUCUGCAUCCGGGUCUGGUUCGUCGGGAUCGGCGUCGGGCUCCGGCUCCGGCUCCGGACGCAGUAGCGUGCGCUCUGGCAGCGGAAGCGGCGCCAGCCUCGGCGGGGCUGCAAGUCCCGCGUGAGGGGCGGUGGCCAACGGCCGUGGUACGCCUGAUACGCCGUUCCUGCUGUGGAUACAAGUUGACUUUCUUCUGUGCCUUUCGUCUGGCCAAGCCAGCAUAUGCAUCCCGUCCGGCUGGUUGUCGCUCGUCGUGGUUGUGGCGAGUCAAGUCUUGAUCUAUGUUGCCUCCGUCUCGGGCUGAGGCAGCGUGUAUCUAUCUCUUUGCCGUGGUCCAUAGAUGCGUUUGAAUGUAGCGCUGGUCAAUGCUAAAAGUUGUUGGAUUUG